AUGGCGUCGAUCGAGAUCAUGACGGCGUCGCCGACACCUGCAGGGGCCAAGAAACUGGUAUGUCGGGUGUGUCAGAAGGGAUUCACCAAGGCUGAGCAUCUCCGAAGACAUGAACGUUGUCAUACCGGAUCCAAACCUUAUGUCUGUAAAUCAUGCCGCCGGCCCUUUGCCCGGCAAGAUGCCCUCACCCGCCAUGAGAAACUGCAUCUGCGGGACAUGAAUGCAAAGCAAGACCUCUCGCCGGCAUCCGUGCCGCCCUCCGCCUCACUGGACUCGAUCGCGUCCUGGGAUGCCAGUAGUGCAUCGACUACUGAUCCGGCCUCGACCGCAGCUACAAGCCGCUCAUGGGACGAGACGCAGCCCGGACAGCAUACGGCCAUGCACAACGUUGCCUCGGACCUCGAUUUCGCGCUUAUCUGGCCGGAUUCAGAGAAUCUGUUCCAGACUCUCAUGUCCUCUGAUACCACAGAGCAGUGGCAGAUGCCUCUCGGGACACUCCCAUUUCCACCAGUCGUGCAGGAUGUGAAUGGCAUGAACUUUGGGUCUCCGAAUUCCUUUGAUGAUCGGAGUUCUUCGGUUGGUGCAAUCCCGUCGGGUGGAGGCCACCAGGCCGUACAAGAUGUGACUGAAAUGAUCACGAGCUCGUCCUCUAGUGUGACGGCCGCUGUCAAAGCUACGUCUAUCACAUCCGUAUUUCUCGAUGAAUGUCUGCACAUGUUCUUCGUCCGUUUCAUUCCAACAUUCCCUAUCUUGCACCGAGCGACCUUUGUUUUUCGAGAGUGCACUCAUGCUCUUUUGUUAAAUGCUAUCGCCAUCGGCUCUUUAUAUCUGGGUCCCAGUGACUCGGUAGUCAAGGGCGAGGCGUUGUGGCGACUGGCCCACACUGCGGUCGCUACCUCCUGGCAGUCAUUGAUCACUCACAACGGCCCGUACGAUGCUUGCAAAGGCGUGCAGUUGAUGAUCACUGCUCUCCUGGGUCAAAUUUACGGUGCUCUUUCCAAAAACCGUGCCAUUCGCACCACCAGCCAAGUCUUCCGGCCGCUGGGUUUCUUCUGGGCACGACACUGUGGCAUGUAUGACAGCGAGCCUUACGCUAUAGACAAUCUUCCCUCUAAUAACGCCCCGAUAGCUGAAAAAGAACACCAGUGGCGGAUCUGGGCGGCACGCGAGAUUCAACAGCGUGCCUUGUUGGCUUACUACGUUCUUGAUGGCCUUGUUGCCCAGAUGUCUGGCGAUGGUGCUUCCGCUCGUCAUGUUUCAAAUCCCUUGAGCUUACCCAGCAGCGAGGCUGCUUUUGAUGCGAGCACGCCCGAUGAAUGGUUGGCACACAUGCACUCCCACAAACAGGACCAGUCAUCCUUCCGGGUCGUCUUUCGUUCCUUGUUUCCACCGGUCGGGAACUUCCGCCCACUAGACUAUCAGUUCUCUGCAUUUGGGCUUCGGGUUGUGCUGGAGGGGUUGCAGUCUCUGAUCUCUGACUGUGACGACAAUGAUCUGGCUGUCGGAGUACCAGGCGAAUCAGAUGUCCGGCGAGCAUUAGCCCAAGUCCACGAAACGAUUUCCAUGAGUAUUCACUUUACCGCGGCGGAGCGGCUGGAGAUUUUGCUGCGCUGGCACACUGUCUGCCUUGAUACCAUGAUCAACUCGACUGUGCUGUCCCGCCAUGUAUGUUCGCGGUACAACAUUCCACAGCAUGUCUCGGGUGGCUGCCGGACAGUCCGACCCGGCUUCGACCUCACCAAGUGGGCCAAUACGGAGGACGCCCGGAGGGCUGUUCUCCACGCCAUCGCCAUCCAAGACAUUAUCGAGCAGCUACCCCGCGGACGAGCGCAUGUAAUCCACAUGCCUAGUUCUCUAUUUGCAGCAGCCACGAUCUACGUCGUCUUCUCGCUUGCCGGUGUGGCGACGGUCAACCUGCCUCGCACAAUUGUCUGGCAAGAUGCGUUGCUGUCUCAUUCGGACCUCAACCUUGGCCAUGAGGACAUUCGACCGCCGUCCGGCUCUGAGACGCGGCGUUUCGUUGAACUAGAUCAGGCAUUGUCGCCCUCUCCUACGGGUGGUGCGGUGCGCAAUCUUCUCUACGAACUCAACUCAAUACAGAAAUUAUUUCGUUGUCUGAACUCGCAAUGGGGAAUUGCACACGAUAUGGGGGACAUUGUAGCAGAGUGGAUUCAAUUAUGUCAUUAA